GUGACGACAGUGUCUACACCUUCAGUGUUUUCUGGGGACCAUCUGAACAAAGGCCUGCCCCUUUUCACCAGAAUUUCUCUACCGCCAUCGUUACUUUACGUGUAAUCACGAUUACUAAAUCCGAUUACGAUACUUUUAUUAUAUUUCAGGACGUCAAAAACAGUAGAGACAGCGCCCGAAAUGGAUGGGGAUCACCAUGAAGUCAGCGGCGAGACCAAAUCGGCCAUGCAUACUUGGCGUUAUCGCCACCAUUUCACGUACAAGGCAGAUCAAGGAAAAAAUAUCAUCGUCCAGUGUAAUCUGUGUCUGCCGAGGGUUAAUCUGCUAUCCACGUCGAAAACGUCAACAUCAAAUCUAAAGAAACAUUUAGACAGAACACACUUGGGCUGUGAAGCCAGUCCUGAUGCCAAGAGGGGGAGAAAGAAAGAAGAGCGCAAUGGAGAGGAAAGCAGGCACUGCCAACUCAAAAAGCUUAAAGCAGAGAUUAUCUCCAAAUGCAUGACUCAAGCAAAGAUUGACGAUCUAAUCUUCAACUUCAUUGUGGAGGAUUGCCAAUCAUUUUAUGUGCUAGAGCAGCCUGGGUUUAGGAAGCUCAUUUCUGGCUUAACUGAAGGGCUGAAGUCCAUGGACAGGGUGACCUUGUUUACAAAGGUGGACCAGGGUUUCUCCAGGAUGCGGGAGGAGGUGAUGGCAAAGCUCAGCAACAUCCAGUACGUGUGCACCACAGCUGACAUCUGGACGGCCAACAACAGGAGCUUCUUUGGGAUGACCUGUCACUGGAUCGACGCCGAUUCUUUGGAGAGGAAAUCUGCUGCUCUGGGGUUUGCACGGCUGCCGGGCAGGAUCACAUAUGACACCAUUGCUGGGCGAAUACAUGACAUCCAUGUGGCAUACAAUAUUGAAAGUAAAGUUCAGACCACGGUUACUGACAACGGCAGCCCCUUUAUCAGUGUGUUCAAGGAGUUUGCCGUGGACAACCAGGAAAGCGACGAUGACAUCGGGUUCUAUGAGAAUGUGAGCAGUGUCCUGGAGGGGGAGCCUGAGCAGGACAUGCUCCUGUUUCUACCCACUGUACAGCGCUGUGCAUCGCACACUCUGGAGCAGAUUGUCACAGAAGACUUCUGGCAGGCUGUGUCACAGGGGCCCAUGUGCCAGCUGCAUUACAGUACAAUGGCCAAGGUUUUUGCCAUAUGGAGCAAAUGCCACCAUCUCCAGGUUGGAAUGGAUGCAGCAGAGGAGAUAGGAAAGAUGGCGCUUGUUGUUCCUGCUGUUAUACGCUGGAAUGUGGAGUACUGUGCUGUGCAGAAGAUUGUGUCUCUCAGCGAGCGGGAGCUGACAGAGCUGUGCGCCCGCCUGGAGGUCCCUCGCCUGCAGCCAGAGGAGAUGGCCUUCUUGAAAGAAUAUGUGACUGUAUUCCACCCACUUGCGUUUGCACUUGAACUUUUCCAAGCGGAGCAGAAAUGUUACUUGGGUCUGGUCAUCCCAACUGUGCUCAGUCUGAAGAACAAGUUAAAUGAGCAGAAAGAUGCAGCAAAUUACUUUGGUGAUGUCAUCAGCGCCAUUGUAAUGGCUAUUGACGUGCGGUUCCAGGAGCUGUUUGCCAGCACAGAGGCGAAGAUUGCAACAGCAACUACUCCUCAGUUUCGCUUGUGGUGGAUGGCUGCCUCUGAGAGGGAGGAGAUGUGCUCCCUGCUGGCGACAGAGGCAUCCCAGAUGGAUCCCUGUAAUGUAGCCAAGGCCAACACCAGCCGGAAUCUGUCCACCAUUGAAUCUGAAGAUGAUUUCUUCAGCUACGGGCCUGUGAAGCCAGCCACUCAGAUCCAGCAGCGGGGAGUGAUGGAAGAGAUCCGCAAUCCCCAGAGUGAAGCAGCUUUUCCUCAAAUACAACACCACCCUGCCCUCCACGGCCCCCGUCCAGCGUCUCUUCAGUCAGAAGGGCAACCUGGUUACCUCACAGAGAAACUUUCUGACCGAUGA